AUGAUCUGCUCUUCUGGAAGAGAAUCCUACUUCAACCUGAACUCCACCUGGUACGACCCCUCGGGGUCGUGGCUGGACACCCGGCGCACCCCGUUCCGCUACGGCUACGCCAACUGCUGCUCCUCGGGCUGUGACGGCGAGGGCGUCCAGGGCAUGUGUGGCCACGACUACCGGCACUACGGCUACAGGCAGUCCGGCUGCUCCGAGAGGUGCCACGGCUCCGGCUCCUCCGAGUGCUGCCAGGGGGGCUCCGCCUGCGUCCGGAGACCCACCUACAGCUACGGCUCCUCGGGGGGCUGCCAGGGCUACGGGCGCUCCGUCUGCUCCGAGAGGUGCCAGGGAUCAGCAGGGGGCUGCCAGGGCUACGGGAGGUCCGUCUGCUCCGAGAGGUGCCAGGGAUCAUCCGGCUCGUGCCACGGAGGGGGCUCGAGCUGUGUCAGGAGGCCCACGUACAGCUCGGGGUUGUCAGGGGGGUGCCAGGGCUAUGGCAGGUCGGUGUGCUCGGAGACGUGCCACGGCUCGGGGUACCAGGGGGGCAAGCUGAGCUAUGGGAAGGCCUCACAGUGCAUCCCACAGUGUGUCCCGCAGAGCAGCCCUAAGUGCAUCCCACAGAGCGCCCAAAAAUGUGCCCCAAAGUGCAUCCCACAGAGUGCCCAAAAGUGUGCCCCAAAGUGCAUCCCACAGAGCGCCCCUAAGUGUGCCCCAAAGUGUGUCCCAGUGCAGACCUGUCCCCCUCCAGUGCAGGUUUGUCCCCCUCCAGUGCAGGUUUGUCCCCCUCCAGCACAGGUUUGUCCCCCUCCAGUGCAGGUUUGUCCCCCUCCGGUGCAGGUCUGUCCCCCUCAAAUCCAGCAAGGCUGUGUGCCCGUGCCAAAGGGCAUCCCAAGCCAGCAGCAGAAGCAGGUCUGCAAAAUUCCAGCCCGGAAGAUAAAGUAG